AGAGACGCGGCACUAACCAAGCAACUUGACUUUAUAGCUUUGGAGUUGCCGAUUUGCUACCUCCCCCCUUCUCUCUCUCUCUCUCUCCCACCGGCUCCUUGCUCAUCUCCCCUGCCCCAGCCUUGCUCUCCCGUCUGAGAGCACAGCUCAGUACAGUCUGUCUGUAUCCCUCUCCCUUUCCCUCCCUCUCUCUGCAGCCGGCUCCCAGAUGGAAGCGUUAACCCUGUGCAUGGUAUUCGGUUUCCUGCUCACUCUGGCAUGGGCAGAGUUGAACACCGAGUGCUAUACUGCGAAUGGUGCUGACUACAGAGGCUGCCAGAAUCGAACCUCACACCAGGGGGGAAAGCCCUGCUUGUAUUGGAACGAAACCUUCCAGCACCCUUAUAACACCCUCAAGUAUCCCAAUGGAGAAGGCGGCCUUGGGAAUCACAACUAUUGCAGGAAUCCAGACAAUGAUGUGAGACCAUGGUGUUACGUUGCUGAGUAUGAAGAUGGAGUGUAUUGGAAAUACUGCGACAUACCAACAUGUCACAUGCCGGGCUACCUGGGCUGUUUCAAAGACAAUGGCGACCCACCACCUUUAUCAGGCAGCAGUGAAACCUCCAACAAGCUGACCAUCCAAACCUGCAUUAAGUUUUGCAGGAGCAAGCGAUUCAAGCUUGCUGGCAUGGAGUCUGGAUAUGCAUGCUUCUGUGGGAAUGAUGCUGAUUACUGGAAGCACGGAGAAGCGAACAGCACAGAAUGCAACCACGUGUGCUUCGGUGAUCACACCCAGCCCUGUGGAGGAGAUGGAAGGAUAAAUAUCUUUGACGCAAUGAUCGGGGCUUGUGGUGGGAAUUACUCCACGGACGCUGGCAUCAUUUACUCUCCGGAUUUCCCUGACAACUACGCCAGCAGCAGAGUAUGUUACUGGACCAUUCAGGUGCCAGGGGCGUCUCUCAUCCGGUUCGACUUUGCCCUGUUUGACAUCCGUGACUCGAGUGACAUGGUGGAGUUUCUGGAUGGCCGCAGUAAUGACGUUCUCGCCCGGUUUGAUGGCAGGAACCGGCCCUACGACUCCCUGAAUGUGUCGGCCAGCUUUGUCAUUUUGUACUUCUACUCUGACCGAGUUAACCAAGCUGAGGGAUUCGCUGUCCUGUACAGAGCUAUUAAAGACAAUCCUCGCUCCCAGCCUCCAGUGAGCAAGAAUGAUAUAAAUACAUCAGAAAUGAUAACUGAGAGGGUGGGUCCUGGCACCAAUGCGGCAAGAUCAUCGAAGAUCCUCUACUUCAUUACAGCAAGCCCCAGCCAAUCGAACCAGAACAUGCCAGUGUGGACUAUCUAUGCCUUGGCAGCCUUGCUAACACUGACAGCGAUAGCGAUGGUUUCAAAGAUUCUUCUUCACCUGACAGUAAAGUCACGCCGAAUUCCCGCGCAAGACAGCUCAGAGAAUUGUAGCCAGCCAUCUCCAUCUGAACCCUGGGUCAUCACCUAUAAACCCUCGACUAUUUUGUUCUUUAAGAAAAAACUGAAGAACCAGCACGGAGAUCGAAGUCCACUUGUGGGUGACUAACUUACUGCAGCAACAGAGGUCUUAACACCCCAACAAUCUCCACCUCUAGUCUUCAACCACGGAAACUGCUUUAAAUUAUCUUUCAGUUGCAACAUCCAGCACUUUGAUACCUCAGCGUGGAGGUGGCUUUAAUCUCACUGAAUUAAGCACUUCUCACAGAUACACGCACUCGCGCAUGCUGAUUUGGAUCACCACAAGACCAGUUGGCUGACAUCUCCAAAGGCAAGAGCUCAGUAAAACUGAACGAUCUCGGCUUUUGUAUGCAACACUCUUGCAGUUGAACAAGGGUGAGACUGUCACCAGCAUGAGACUGUACAUUGUAUCGACUGGAAUUCUCUUGGGGUCUAAUAAGGGAAAGACACUUCACUUGACUUUCAGAAUCCUCUUGGAUAUAGAUGCAAUUCGAAUAGUGAACUCAUUCUUCUGUGGGUGACUCUUCUACUGUGUUCAUUCAGCCCUUCAAGCCAUGCUUGUCUGCGCGAUCUAACUGAGCUCUACGGGUGAUUUCUUAACAGUUGCAGAAGAAUGAAAACCUUAACUUUUUAAAUUAUCAAAUUUGAUUUGCAACCACAUUGCAGGUAAGGACGAGAAGGGACCAUGUUCUGCUUGGCAGAAGACCACUGGAAAAUUGACAGUGAAUAGCAAGUCCAAUUCAGCCUCCAAAGGCUUCACCACUGUGCAGCAUCACAUAGCCAUUACUGCGAGGGUGAAGAAUCAUGCGAAGGAUUCAGAAAUAGGCUCACAUGUAUAACUCUAUCCUGGUAAUCUAUUGGCUAUAUUCAACUCAGAGUGGGAGUUUGCAAAUUCUAAUGUGGGAAUGCCAAAGUUCCCUGUACUAAAAUGAUGCUCAGUUGCUAACACCAGAGUCUAAUCACGUAGGGUGAUCAUGCAGGGCUGAGUGAGCUGGGGAUGGUUCUGUUUUGUUGGGGUUUCCUUCAUUCAGUCAAAGCUAAACCUUAAGCAAGCCUCUCCUGCCUUUUCAGAAAAGCUUAAGUCCAAAAGAAGUAUCCUCAUGCAUGUGCGGGAUUUCACUUGUACUUGUUUUUACUUGUUUGUUUUUGUUUCGGUUGUUUAUAACUCUGUCAGGUACUCUUCAGAAUGCUCAGUUACCUGGCGUGGCGUUGGGCUGUGACCUGAUCUCAGUUUUCUGCCAGCCCUGCUGUAUAACUACUGCUAGAGACUGAUAACAUUUUUUUUUUAAAAAUUCAAACCUCCAGGUGAAGUAAUGACAGUCAAAUACAUUUACUGUAAGAAAUUACUAGAAACACAAUUGACUAAACACUAUUUUCUUUUUGUCCCAAGUUACAUAUUAAUAUACAGACAGAAAGAUUCCGUUUGAUACUUAUCACGCAUUACAUUCUCCAUGGAAUCACAUUCCCUUUAUUAAACAAUAUACUGUUGCUUCUAGCCUUCGAUGAGAUCGGGUAUUGUCAGUCCAUUGGGGAAUACCUUUAAUUGACUGUCUCCAGGCAUUGCCUUAGCUUUUCUGGUGACUUUCCACCACCACCAGUAAAGCCUGUUCUAAUUAUUCAUCAUCUCUUUGGCCGUGCCAAAAUAGAUCUCCCAGGGUUCAUUUCUUCAACUGGAGACCGUCUCCCUCUCCCAUCUGGCAAGAGUAAGAUGCAUAAUCAGGUGACCCUUCUGUCUGCUGGCCACACAUAAUCUCUACCUGUCUGAGAUUUUACUGAUUUGUAAAGAAGUCUGAAACCUGAUCUGAAAAAUAGAUUAUUUAGUGCUCUUCCUGAUUCUAACAUGAAACCCAUAAUCUGACAUCCAAUGACAAAUGUUAUUUCGGUAUCUUUGGUCCUAACACCAAUUCAUCUUAAAAGUCAAUAGACAGUCUACACUGAAUCCCUACAGUAUGUUUUUGGGAUUGUGUGGAGACCCAAGCUCAGUGCAUUGGUAAGUACAAGGCCUGGUGCCAUGGUCUCCAAGCAUGAAUGCCUUGCACUGUCUUUUCUUAUUAAAACAAUCUAAACCCUCCUUUAUGUCUUUAACAAUCAAGCAACCAGUGCUCACUGUCAGUUGGACUGCAGGCAUGUCAGUUAUGGGCAGGGAGAAAAACUGGGAAAACAGUUCAGUGGCUCCUGUUCCCAGGAUUUGCUGAGAUAUUUCUUGUGCUGAUCAGAAUGUUAAUUCCUGAACUUCCUUCUCCGGAUGCUUCCACUUGUUUUCAGGAGGCUCAGGGUAAGUGGGUCACAAGUAUGAAGUGUUCACUUUGACUUAUUUUGCAAGCCACAGUGCACAGCAAUUGCUGACAGAAAAAUAAAUUGAGUUUCUUUAGGCUUCAACUGGUUUUCCUGCAGAGAACAGAGACAGUUCUUGAGGUUGAGGAGAUCUGAUUGCUCCUCACCAUAUUGGUUACAGCCCCAAGCUGUGCAAUUACUUGAUAAUGGCACCAGUGUCUGAGUUUACCAUACACAGACCUUAGGUCUCCCCAGAGCUUCAUCAUUCUUGGCAGGUAGAAGGCCUUUGUCAUUGAUACCUGGUCAGAGACCAAUCAGCUGCUUGUUGCUGGUUGAAUCUCCAUUUGUAGAUACCCUCAGAUCCAGCUUGCCUGCAAACUAAACUUCAGCUACUUCUUAAACAAGCAGCUUUAUAAUCAGCACUUAUAAUAAGUAUUAGGUUACUUACUUGCACAAACUACAGCAACCCUUGAACAACCCUUGCUUUUUAAAACAGUUAUUUUCCCAAGUCAGUCACAACCAAAAAUACAGAACAAUAAAAAGCCACAGUCUUUACACACGAUUCCCUUCAUUUACUUUAAAGCUAUAAUUGUAAAACAUAAAAACCUUAUAAACCUCGCAAUUCUAGCACCUCCCCAUUUUGAUGAGUUUUCAUAAAUGUUAUUAAAAUAUAACCACUUAACAUAUUUCAAACAUUAGCAACUAAAUUAUAAUUAACUUACCACAUAGAAUACAAGUAACGUUCUCUCCUUAUGCUGUCACAUUGUUUACCAAACAGUCCAACAUGAUGGCUUCAUGGCUUUUAAGAUAUAUCAAAUUAAAUACAUAUAACAGUAAAAUGUAAAGCUCCUUUUCCAGAGAGGAAAGACCUUCCUCUUAAAUAGCAGAGAAAUGGCUAUGUUGCCAAUAGCCCUAUCCUAUGAUGAUUAAAAUUCACAUUGUUAUCAUGUAAUAUUGGGCUCCUUAAUUCAUUCCUAUUCUCUGUACUGUCCUUUUCUAUAAGAAGCAUUUGUCUUUUCAAUCUUUCAAUUCCCUUCAUUGUCAUUAGUGUUCUCUUCAUUGUCUCCCCAGCUCCUCUGUGGGCUUGUAAAAACAACAUUUUGUGCCUGUAGGUUAGUCCAUGUGCUUAUGAGUCUGUGCAUUAGCUUAAAACCUCAGUGUCCUCGAAUUUAGAAACAUCAUUGUAGAGUCAAAGAGUCAUUGUCAUAGUCAUACAGCAUGGAAACAGGCCCUUCAGUCCAAGUGGCCGUGCUCACCAGACGACCCAAUCUGUCCCAUUUGCUAACAUUUGCCUCAUAUCCCUUCCAACCCUUCCUCUUCAUGUACCCAUCCAAAUGCCCUUUAAUUGCACCACCUCUACCACCUCCUCUGGCAGCUCAUUCCAUACACACCCUCUGCAUGAAAGUUACCCCUCAGGUCCUUUUAAAUAUUUCCCUUCUCACCUUAAACCUAUGCCCCCACUCUGAGAAAAAGACCUGAGCCAUUCACUCUCUCCAUCCCCGUCAUGAUUUUAUAAACCUCUAAGGUCGUCCCUUCGCCUUAGACGCUUCAUGGAAAGAAGCCCCAUAACUCAAAUUCUGCAGUCCCAGCAACAUCUUUGUAAAUCUUUUCUGAGCCCACUCAAGGUUAACAACAUAUUUGCUAUAGAAAGGAGAGCAGAACUGAAUGCAGUAUACUAAACGUGGCCUCACCAAUGUCCUGUGCAGUAGCAACCUGACCUCCCAACUCCUAUACUCAGUGUUCUGGCCAAUGAGGGCAAGCGUGCCAAACACCUUCUUCACCACCCUGCCUACCUGUGACCCCACACGUACUAUGCACCUGCACCUCUAGGUCUCUUUGUUCAGCAACAAUACCCAGGGCCCUAUCAUUAAAACUAAACAAGUCCUGCCCUGGUUUGCCUUACCAAAAUGGAACUCCUGUUAUUUAUCUAAAUUAAACUCCAUUUGUCACUCUUUGAAUCAUUGGCCCAAUUGAUCAAGGUCCAGUUGUUAUUUCUGCCAGAAUACUAUUUUUCAAUAUACUCUUGUGGUCACUGAAACCCUGCAGCAAAUUUUUCAAAUUGUCAGAUUUACCUGCUACUCCCUGUCCAUGAACUAGUUGAAUGGAGGGGCAGGUUUGAGGGGCCAAAUAGUUUACUCCUCCUUAUGUUUAAGUAGGUGACGCCUUUUUCAAUGGAGUUCAAACUUCUUUGCUUCAAAGGGCAGCACGGUGCCCCAGUGGUUAGCACAGCUACCUCACAGUCCAGGCACCUGGGUUGGAUUCCACUCUCGGGUGACUGGAGUUUGCAUCUUCUCCCUGAGUCUGUGUGAAUUUGCUCUGGUCUCCUCCCACAGUCAACAGUUAUGUGCAGGUUAGAUGGCGCGGCCAUGUUAUAUUGUCCAGGGAUGUGCAGGCUAGUUGGAUUAGCUAUGUACAGGGUCUGAGUGGGAUGCUGUUUGGAGAGUUGGUAUGGGCUGAAUGGUCUGCUUCUACACUGUAGGGAUUCUAUGAAUUUCCUUUUGCAAUUCAAGGCUUUCCCUCUACAUGACAAAAUUCUAAUUCUCAUUCAUGUAUUUUGACUUGAUUUUCUUUCUCUUUCAAGUUCUUUUCAUGUCUUUUACCAGCUGUUUCAGUUGUGACAGAAUCAUUGCCAACUCAAUUUAUAUGGACUAUCUAUCUCUCCUUUAAGGUUCCAGUAUUGAACCAGUACUUCAAUGAACUCUGCUUUUCUCAUACCAACUUUUGAUUCUAUUUCCAGCUUUUCUGCCAUUUUUGAAUUAACGUUUGUUGACUGUUAGGCGAAAGUGAGGACUGCUGGUGUUGGAGAUUAGAGUCGGGAGUGGGGUUCUGGAAAAGCACAACUGGUCAGACAGCAUCUGAGGAGCAGGAGAAUCAACAUUUCAGGCAAAAGCCAUUCAUCAGUAAUGGGGCUGUGAGCCGAAGGG